UACCCUCUUCCCACUUCACCUAAUCACGAGUUCCUACCAAGAAGGUUUCUUCAUCAUAGCCUUCUUCCACAUCGUCACCCUGUCAAGAAGAAUGCCUUUUUUGACACAACUUCAGCCCAAAGACUAAAAGCCCCUUUUAGCAUAUUACUUCACAGCAUUACGACCCAUCACGACUGCAAACACAAAGCAAAAGAUUUUUUACGAAGGGUAACGAAAACGAUUCAAAAUACGAAACUUUUACGAUAACAAAUUGAUUUCAGAUCGAAAUAGAAAAAACGUCACAUCUCAAAUAAUCAUCGUCUUCAAUCAUCGAUCCUCUAUGAAAAUUAAUCUAUAAAUAGAAUUUCACCUAUUUUCCACUGAUUCUGCGUUUUUGCACAAUGCGGAAAUUCUUCAAUCGAUUGGCUACCGGCAACACAGCUCAUGCUGAAGGUGUUGGUACACGUGGUGAGCUCAAUUAUGAUGCCCAAUUCAAUGGAGGAAAGUCAAAAAUUAACGAAAAGAGAGAAGGAUACGGAGAAAAGGUCGGUUUGAUUGACGGCCUUGGAGGAGAGUCGCCAACACGAGAGCGAAAUGGCUCGGGAGAACGAGUGAAGGCAUUGGCUGCCCGGUAUGAAACAUUGUCCACCCAGAGAGAAAGUGUGCAGCAUAGUCCCAUUGACAAGAAUAGGAAUACCUCGAGCAAUUGGCUAUCAGCUACAAGAUCUGCAACAAAUACAUCAGAAGACACUAGAAACAGUCAAAAGGAUUCCACUUCUCCAGACUUGUCGGGCUCGCCGCAACCUCGUCGAGAGCGAUCUCAUAUUCUCGGAUUUCACAAGCCGCUUCCUCCUAUAGCACAUCAACCACAAUCGACACCAUCACAAGGCGUAUUAUUGCCCGAAUCCCAACUUUCAUCUGAGGGAGAUGGAAUGCUACCCGCUGUCUUGCAUGCUGGAUCCAUGGGCGAGAAUGGUGAGAAUAUGGACCUCAUGCAGAACGAUCUCAAACAGACCCAAUCACACACUAGCACAUCAGCCCAAAAUCGACAUUUAUCCACCACUCCUGUCCCAAAUCAGCCCAAAACUGUCGCAUUUGCACCUUCACCAAAGAAGCCUUAUCGAACAUCAUCGCCGCUGCCGACAGAAUAUAGCAAUGUACCAGCUUUGCCAGAUAGAGCAUUGGAGGAAGUGAGUCGAUAUCAACAUGGAUCUUUGAGUAGUGCACAAUCCGUCGGUAAUUUUGCAAAGCCAACAAUGGCAAGCACAGCUCGUGCUAGAGCGGGAGCAGCAGCGGCUACUAGCAAGCAGUCACAAAGAGAUACUGGACCAAAUCUAACCACCACAUCUCCAGCCUUGAUCAGCCCAGUAGCUCGACAUGGCACGGAGAAGUUUCCAACGUCUGGCGGAGGACCUUCUCGUCCGUCUAGUGGUGGUCAAGCAACUGGCACAACAAAAAUGGUUCGCAGCAAUUCAGCUUCUGCUUCACAAAGAAGAAAUGGUACCUUAUCAAGUGGUAGUGCAGGCGCACACAUUCCUGCUUCUAGCACAGUCAGUCUUAUGCAAAAUACUCGUGAAGGCGCAGGUCAUCUGCCCAACAGCAUCCCUUUCGCCAAUCAGACAUCAGCUUUGGGCUUGCUACGAUCUGCCAGUCCGCAGAGCGUGGGCACAGGAUCUUCCGCUUCUGCCCAUGGCAGACCUGUCCCCGAUUUCUUUGGCAAUCAUAGAAGAUCGAGUCUGCAAGGACAAUUACCUGGAGGCUCUCAAGGGUUUACAUCCUCUAUUCGCAGUAUUGGAGCACCCAGUUGGAGUGAAAUGACACAAGAAGAUUUGGUGAACAACCUUGGCGCCAGAGAAAGGACCCGACAAGAAGUUUUGUGGGAGAUCGUAGCAAGCGAAGAGAGAUAUGUACAGGAAUUGGAGAAAACAAAAGAAUUUUUCUUGGAUCUCCUCUUACAUCCUCAUCGUUUUAGUCCGCCAGGCUCACCAGGGGGCGUUCAUGCUGCCACGCUUGCCACAUUGGAAGGACGUGGCACGAAAAAGGGACGGAAAGAGACACCCCCAUCCUCUGCUCGACCGCUUACAUCACCCUCUCAAACGGCCGUCUCGAAUGAAUUACCGAUUGCCUCCAGAUUCUUGAGUGCAGCCUCGGGGUUGCGCGAAUCAGGUGAUGGACCAUAUGGCAGUAUAGAUGCUGCUGCGAUCUCACAUGCUGCUGCACAGAAGAAUGUUGGUUCUCGAAGUCCUUACUCAACAGGUUUGGCUACCAGUCCAACGCCUGCGACUCGACCUAGAAGCAGCGGAGGAAGUAACAAUACGCCAAACACUCCUGUUGCGGGAAGCAGCAACACCAAUCUCACAUCUCAACCAGCAAAGAAAGGUCAUGUUAAGGAAAAGUCUGGUUCAAAGGAGGAAUCGACAGCCAAGAGAUGGUCACAAAGGCGAAGUAAGGGUUUGUCUGGCAAUUCCUUCUCGUCCAGUCAGAUAGGCUACGACCUCACGAAUGGUCAAGGUUUAGGCAUCACACUGCCACCGCCUUUGCGUGCCGUACUUGAGGUUAUCGAUAAUGGCAUCUUGGAAGGUCAUGCCCUGCUAUCAGAAGCUCUCAGAAUACGCUAUGAGGAGCAAUGGCCUCUCGUGCGAAGCUUGGCAGAUGUUUUCACACGAUUUUCCUAUGUGUUGAAGCAUUAUCGUGACUAUGUUGUACACCUUGAAAGGGCUUUGGAUUGUUUGGAGGAAGCUGCGCUGAUGGAAAGGGCAAUGCGCGGUAAAAGAUUACGAAAGGAUCGAUUGUCCGUCAUGGUGGGACUAGGAAGAGCAGUGGCCUCACUUGAAGCAUCAGCAGCUGAACGCGGAGAAUGUGGAUUGGCAAUCUUUCUUGCUAUGCCAUUUCAACGAUUAUUAAAGUAUCCGCUUUUGUUUCAAAAUCUACUUUUCCAUACGGAUGCAUCCACGUACGAAUUCGAGAGUACGGUGCAAAUGGUGGUAGAUGUAGAAAAGAUCGUACGUACGAUUGAAGAUGAAAAAGUGAACAAAGAAGAAAGAGACAAGACGAUCGAUGCAUUCGCCAGAAUUGAAGGAAUAAAAGAUCGAGCUCUUUUAAGACCAAAAUCUGAUCGUAUCCUGAUUGAAGAAAAGCCAAUGUAUCAAGAAAAUCCAAGACGAGCAAUUUCUGAUUCGAACGACAAAGGAGCGGGCAGUAAAACAGGUCAUUCCAGUAAUGACUUGAGUGCGGAUAGUAUGGUAUCAAAUACAGCCAUGUCCACUCCCACGGGAACAGGAAGUGGGAAUUUACGAGCUUCGAUUCGUAACAAGCGGUCUUAUCGACGUUUAUCUGAUCUGCUUACCCUAAGCAAUGCAAAUCACUCCACAACUGGAGAGGACGGCAAUGUCACAUAUACAAAAGCGCCCAAUAUGGGAUCCAAAAAGGAUAUUUGGCUCAUUCGAUUUUCCGAUGUCGAGCUGCGUUGUCAGCGAGUUGGUGUGACGGCUUUGCCUAUGGUCAGCUCAGUAGCAUUGCAGCCAUCUGCUCUUGAUGCAUCUGCAGAAGUUUCCAACGCAAAUGCCGAAAAUCAAGAAGCGAUUGAUUCUACUCUAACCGAUGAUGAGGCCAGAAUGCGAGAUGAGUUCAAAAGAACAAAGGAGAGCAAAGAACGUAUGCGUGCACUGCGCAAUACGACCUUACGGUCAAAGACACGAAAUCUGUACAAAUUUAUUGGAGUUACCAGCUGGAAAGCGACUCGGGAAAGGUCAAACAUUGAAGAAUCGGAAGGCUUGGAAGGAUUGUCAACUGCUUUGGAGGAAGACGAAGAGAUGCAAGACGAAGAAGAGGAAGAAGACGGAGGCGAUGAUAAUGAAAGUAAUACAAGUCAAGAAACUGAUGGAGGAUUACUCGAUCCGGAUCAUUAUGUCCGACAAUCCAAGCUCAGCUUCUCUUAUGGCGGUCAGGAUCGUGUGGAGCCCAAAUUGAGCUAUUCCAGUACAAGACCGAAUUAUCGAAAUGCCAGAACAAGUUCUAUACCUUCUUCCUUUAAACGUCACUCGAUGGGAGCAUCUUUGGUCAAUACAUCGCAAAGUGUUACUUCAAUGUCACCUAUCUCGUCUAUUGAUUCAGACAAUAGUGUCUCAUUGACAAAAGCAGUCGUGGCAACAUCCAGAAUACGUAGCGACAAAUUUGGUAAUCGUUUACGUUCUUCUGACGAAAACCAUCAAAGGAGAGGAUCGAUGCCAAAUGUGACGAGCAAUGUUUCUGUUCCGAUCGGAGCAUUAUCAUCGCAAGUAAGCGUUAUUCAUGACGAUCAAAAUGAAGAGAGCAGUAGAGAUGAAACGAUGAGUCGACCUGGACUUAUCAUCAGCAAGGCAUCUGAUACGCCAGAAGAUGUUCUUCAAAACAAUCGAGCUCCUAGCUUUAUGCAUGAUCGAUCGUUAGAUUCCAAUAUGAUCUUAAUGGGUAGUCUCGUUCAACCCUCUGCCAAAUUUUGAUUAUCAUACAUAUAUUUCAUCAACUCAUGCUCUUUUCUUACUUUUGUGCAAGACUCGUUGUACCUUAUGCAUACCAAACAAUCACAAUAUCUUUUAUUUUGAGAC